UGCUUCCCCUGCCUUGCCCAUUGGCAUUGGCAUUGGGAAGGUAGCCGUGGGUUUCCUUCUUUUCCCAGCUCUGGUCAUCUUCGCCCGUUCAAGGAACCCUGGCUUCCUAGAUGCAGCAGCACUGUGAGGACGUAGGGUCGCCUAGGUCUGGGUAUCAACUUUGAAUGUUGAUCAAGUAAUCAGUGAAACCGGAAUGGUUGGCGGAAGUCCGCUGGCGAAGCUAGCGUAUGUUGAACAAAAUUAGGUUGAAGCAGCACAAGGAGAGGCGUAGAAACACAGCGAGUAGGAGAUAGCUUAGUGAAAAUGGCGGGGAAGGAAGAGGACCUGUAUCUGGUGCUUGGCUUGGAAAAGGGAUUGGAGAGCACAGAGGCAGAAGUGAAGAAAGCUUACAGAAAAAAGGCGUUGGAGUCUCACCCAGACAAGAGGCCGGACGACAAGAAUGCUGCGGCAGAGUUUGAUCGCAUCCAGAAAGCUUAUGAAGUCCUGGGAGACGAAAAGGCUAGGAAAGCUUAUGAUGACCUCAGAAAAGUGCAAAGGGCCAGGGCCGAUAGGGAUGCUGCGAAGGGGGUGAAGCGGCAGAAGAUGAUGGACGAUCUGAAAAAGCGGGAGGAUGCAUAUGUGCAUGAGAGGAGUGCUGAGGAGAUGGCCAGGAUGAAGCUCAAGGCAGAGAUCGCCCGGGUACGCCAGGAAAACAUUGCCCGCCAGAAGCGCCAGCAAGAAGAGCUAGCCGCAGCUCAGGAGGCAGCCCGUCGCGCAUCUGGGGGGGUCACAUCCACCCCCGGAUCCACCCCUGGGGCCGAAAGCACCAUUCUGCAAGGUGCCACUCUCGCACGGACCCUCAAAGUCACAUGGGACCGUUCGCGCGAGGGGGCCCUUGAAGACUACGGGGCGGAGAAACUCAGAAAGGUGUUCUUAAAGUUUGGCGCAGUUGAGGACAUCAUCGUAAAGGAGGAGGUGAAAAAGAAGAAGAAGGGUAGCGCGCUGGUGGUUAUGGGGGCUGAGGCGGGGGCGGCCGCGGCGAUUGGGGCGGUGUGCGGGGAUCUGAGCAACCCGCUUUUAGUUAAGCCAGCGGUACCGGGGUUGAUUCCCGGCCAGGGGGGUUCAGUGGAUGAAGCAAAUAAACCCCCUGGGAACAGCACGAAUCAUGCUGAUGGAAGCGCGGCAACUGGGAAUGGAUUCAAGAGAGCGGAUGUAAGUGGAGCACAGACGACCGGUGUGAGUGGGGGCCAGACGAGUGGGGGGAAUGGGGCCCAGACGAACGGAGCUGAAACAAAUGAUAGAAGCGGGGCGCAAGAGGCGGUCGACGACGGGGCUGAAAGUGAGGGCGCAACCCGGCAAGGAGCCGAAGGUGGCAUAGGAAACAGCGGAGUUGGGCAGAAACCAGGCAUGAGUGGCAGCCAGCGGCCCAACAUCUUUGCGAACGGCCCUCCUCGGCCACUGUUUCCUGGCGCCGGCAGCUCGCUGAACCCGGGCGCAUUCAGCGGCGCCGCAGCGGCGGCCAGUUCGGGGUCCCACAAGGACUACGAAAACGUGACUCUCAUGCGGAUGCGACAGGCUGCUGAGCGGGCCAGGCUCAUCCGAGAAAUGGAGGAACAGGAUGCACGAGAGGCAGAAGCUGAGAAGGGCUCGUAGACUGGAGCUCACCCACAUCCCCAUUCGGUGUAGGAAGCCUGAGAGCCCGCGGUUCGUAGGGAUUGUAUACAUGUAUGAAGCAUUCGAGCAAUUAUCUCAUCAAAGCAAGUUGUAUCAGUUCCAUGUCGGGUCACCAUGCACAUUAUAUCUUUGAUUGAGCGAGAAUCACUUUCAAG